AUGGUUUACAAUCUUUUUAAAAAUAAAGGUCGAGUAGUGAUUGAUAACACCCCUGAAUUCUUAAAUUUUUGUAAAAAUAGUAAUGGUCUAGUUUUUUGGGGUCCUUAUGGUUCCGGUAAAACAGCUUUAAUGGCUUUAUUGGCUCACGAACUACCGGAAGAAAAUAAAUACGCUUCUUUUCCUUGUAAUCUCCCUUGGAUGGAAAGAGCCCAAGUAGAUUUUGCUCACCAACCCACGGCUCCUUUAGGGGUUAAAGAAGUAGUUUUUUUGGAUGAGAUUAAUUUACUAUUCCGUGGUAAUGAAUUCCAAAAAGCUCAGCAAAUGCAACGGUUAGGGCAAGUAUGGAUUGAAUUGCGGGAGGUAGCGACAGCGGAUAUCAAAUAUUAUCACACUCGGCUAGAAAAUGCCGUAAUCAUCAACGGUGUCCUUAUUAAGGAGGUAUAUAUUGAUCCUUACUAUGAAAAACAUAAUGAGGAAUAUUUAGAAGCAAA